GAAGAGAUCAAGAAGAUCGACCCCUAUGACCUGAAGAAGCUCGAGACUCUCACGGUGGUCCCAGACCCAAUCCGUCGAGUCUUAGAGGCUGUGUAUCUGCUUUUGCUGCCCUCCUCCGGGCUCCCGUCCAUCAGCGCUCUUACGCCGCCCGAGUGGUCAGGCAUACAGGACAUGCUGAAAGACAGCUCGAUGGUACAACGCGUCAUGAACUUCAAAGCGAGAAAG